CCAGCUCGUCCGUCCGCUCCGUCGCCGCCGCCAUGGGGCCCAGCGGCGCUGCCGCCUCUGCCCGCCCACCGCUCCACGAGCGAGGCGGCCCGGCGCGGCGCCGCCAGGACUACAGCCCCCGACGUGCUCUGCCGCGCCCACCCAGCGCAAGGCACGAUGGGAGCUGUAGUCCCCACCGCUCGCCCAUGCGCACAGCGCUCCUCUGUACACCCCGCUCCCCGCUUCUUUGCCCGUCUGCGGCCGCAGCCCGCGUUUUUCUCUCUCUCCCAUUGGCCGCCGCCGGGAGCAAAGCUGCGUCCCCAUUGGCUGGCUGCCACGUGCGGCUCGUGUUGCUGGGCGCGGGCGGGCAGAGGCGCGGCGGUCAUGGGUGGGGCAGGGCGGGCGUGGGCGGGGAGCGCGGUGCUCGGGGGCGGCUGUCGUCGCCUGUGGGACCCCGUUGGCUGCUCCGCUGCCGCCUCGCCCCUCCUGGCUGCUGAAGGAACGGCAGGAGCAGGAUAUCAGGUUUUGCGUAAGGCUAAGAAAUAUAUCCAGGAGCUGGAGCAAACCUUGAGUUCUUUGCUGAAGAUGAAAGAGUCCUUCAGCCUGGAGGAUGGGAACCCGUCCAGCCUGGAGGAAGUCAGGGAAGAAUAUGUCAAGAGGCACUUCAGCAAUCACAGCACCGCGUCGCCCUCGGAAGCUGUGAGUGAGAGUGAUUCUGCCGUCUGGUAUUUGAUGCAAGAAUGUGAAAAACAAACAAUGGAAGAAGACGGAAAGCCAGGAUUUAUCCAGUACCCAGACACCUCAUCCCCAGAUCUGGUGGAAUUUGAACGGUACCUGUAUUUUUAUAAGCACACAGUAGAGCUACUGAGAGAGCAUGGAAUUGUUUCCGCUGAGGAGGUACCUCUUCCUGUGGUCUCCACGGCUAUUUCACACCUCUGGCAAGAGCUUUCUGAAGACAGGAGAGACAGCAUCUUGCAGUACUGUAGCCAGAGAGAUUUCCGCCUGGGUCCUACGGAUGCUUGCCAAGAGCCUGCGUGCACUGAUGGCGAUGUGAGGGACAGUGGAGGUAACAGUGAGGAAGCCAGUGGUUCCUUGGUCUCCACACCAGAGGAAGUAAUGUUUGAGGACGCGUUUGAUGUUGCUGCUGGUUUCCUUGAAACAAACGAGACUCAGGGAUUGUCUAGCCAGAGUUCUUCAUUUACAAGCGGCAUUUCUGACAAUCCAGAGGAUGACCACAGACUCUAUCUGCAGAUCACUGACUUCCUAAAAAGCCUUUUCUUUGCUAAUACACAGUUCUGCCAGGAAGAAGAUCUUCAGUUUGAUUAUGAGACUGUAAUGCUGCGGUGCACGGAGACCUUCGAUGAUGAAGAUUUAUAAGUAGUAUCCCUGUUUGUCAAUGUUUUGCCAAGCAUCACUGGAUACAGCAGGCAUGUGAAGAGAUUAUGCCUCUUCCAGAGGAACACCUCUCCAAUCAGAAUGGGGAGACACUGUGUUGUGGUUUGUUACUGUUCACUUCCCUUUCCUCAUAAGUGCUUCAUAACUUAUCAGUUGAGCAAUUUAUACUUUUAAACGUUCCAGGUUAAAAAUAUUUAUAAAACCUAAAGGAAGAAUUAUUUUUCUCUCUGACUUUUUAAUGCUUAACCUCAUUUCACAAAUACACUGAAGCACGUGCAGUUUGGUGACCUUGCCUAAGGUGAGCUGUGGAAGAGAUGCAGAGAGGACAUGGCAACCUACGCGCUCCAGACUGCUACCUGCAAAACUCACAGCGUGCCUCCCAGCAUCCUGGCAGUGAAUGCUUUCCUCUACAGUUCUUUAGCCUGGGCUGGAAACAACAGAGGAAUUUCUUCACAGAGAGCGACAUGAGGCUCUUCUGUAUCUAUGAGGACAACUGUAGUGGCCACCCACUCCCAAAUCGCUUGGAGAGAUGCAAGUACAAUCACAAACUGUGGAUUAUUUUUGUAAAGCGUGUAAAGCUGAAAGAGAGCAAAGCCCCCUGUGCUGUUCUGCUGCAUCUUGUUCUUUGAUGAGUAGUACUGCUCAGAUGGUGUCUUGAAAUUAAAAAUGCUGUGAAGUUAAAACAGAUCAUUCACAUCUCUGAGCUGUCAUUAGCAGCUUUCUGCAGACUCGGACAGUGUUCUGGCAGUAUAUUGAGGUCCCCUCCUCCCACUUCCCCUCUCAUUUUAAAGUACCAUGUAUAUAUUGCUAUGGAGGGCCUGGGUUUUGGGUCACGUGAUGCUUGAGACGUGUAUAGGUUUUUCAGGGGAUCUGAGGUCAAAUCAUUCUUUCCUAAAGGAAGGAAAACAAGAGACAAAUGUGUAAAUGUUUGCAUGAAA